ACAGCGGUCCAGCUCCCAGAAGGGACAUGUUUCAGAAACCACCUCAGUGAACCUUCAGAGGAGAGAAGAGAAGGAAGGAAGAAAAACACAGCGGGGGCGGGAGUGAGGGAACCAGCCCGGAGGAGGAAGCCAGCCUGAGCAGCAGUAGUAGCCAGAGCGUCCCUAGGGCAAGAUGCUCAGAAGGUCCACUCCCAGAGGUGGUUGGAAUCGGUGGACCCCCCGGCUCCUCACCUCUCCUAGAAUUUUCUGUCUCAGCCUCAUAGUCUUGUUGGGCCAGGUGGGGCUGCUGCAGGGACACCCCCAGUGCCUGGAUUACCGGCCCCCCUUCCAGCCCCUCCAGCAUCUCGAGUUCUGCUCUGACUAUGAGUCCUUCGGCUGCUGUGACCAGCGUAAGGACCACCUCAUUGCUGCCCGGUACUGGGACAUCAUGGACUACUUCGACCUAAAGGGCCAUGAGCUGUGCGGCGGUUACAUUAAAGACAUCCUUUGCCAGGAGUGCUCCCCCUACGCAGCCCACCUCUACGACGCUGAGAACCCGCGCACGCCCCUCCGGAACCUUCCUGGACUCUGCUCUGACUACUGUUCUGCAUUCCACUCGGACUGCCACUCCGCCAUCGCCCUGCUGACCAAUGACCGCCGCCUCCAGGAAUCCCCUGGAAAGGAUGGCGCGCGCUUCUGCCACCUCCUCAACCUUCCCGACAAGGACUACUGCUUCCCCAACAUCCUGAGGAGCGACCAUCUCAACCGCAACCUGGGGGCGGUGGCCGAGGACCGCCGGGGCUGCCUGCAGCUCUGCCUGGCCGAGGUGGCCAACCGGCUGAGGAACCCGGUCUGCAUGGUCCACGCUGGGGACGGCACCCACCGCUUCUUCGUGGCCGAGCAGGUCGGGGUGGUGUGGGUCUAUCUGCCUGAUGGGAGUCGCCUGGAACAACCCUUCUUGGACCUCAAGAGCCUCGUGCUGACCACUCCCUGGAUUGGGGACGAGAGAGGCUUUUUGGGGUUGGCUUUUCAUCCCCGAUUCCGCCGCAACCGCAAGUUCUACAUUUAUUAUUCAUGCCUGGGCAAGAAGAGGGUAGAGAAGAUCCGGAUUAGUGAGAUGAAGGUUUCUCGGGCUGAUCCCAACAAAGCCGAUCCCAAAUCAGAGAGGGUCAUUUUGGAGAUAGAAGAACCAGCCUCAAAUCAUAACGGUGGACAACUUCUUUUUGGCCUAGAUGGGUAUAUGUACAUAUUCACUGGGGAUGGAGGACAGGCUGGGGAUCCCUUCGGCAAAUUUGGAAAUGCUCAGAACAAGAGUUCCCUGCUGGGGAAAGUGUUAAGGAUCGAUGUGAAUGGGGCCGGCUCAGGCGGCAAGCGGUACCGAGUGCCCGUGGACAACCCGUUUGUUUCUGAGCCAGGGGCCCAUCCCGCCAUCUACGCCUACGGAAUCAGAAACAUGUGGCGCUGUGCCGUGGACCGAGGGGACCCCGUCACGCGCCAGGGCCGAGGUCGGAUGUUCUGUGGGGACGUGGGACAGAACCGGUUUGAAGAAGUUGACAUCAUUGUUAAAGGUGGAAACUACGGCUGGAGGGCAAAGGAGGGGUUUGAAUGUUAUGACAAAAAGCUCUGUCAAAAUGCCUCUUUGGACGAUAUUCUUCCAGUCUAUGCUUAUGGCCAUGCAGUGGGCAAGUCAGUCACUGGAGGCUACGUCUACCGUGGAUGUGAAUCCCCGAAUCUCAAUGGUCUCUACAUCUUUGGGGACUUCAUGAGUGGUCGACUUAUGGCUUUGCAGGAAGAUAGAAAAACCAAGAAAUGGAAGAAACAGGACAUUUGCCUGGGCAGCACGAAGUCCUGUGCCUUCCCAGGGCUGAUCAGCACACACAGCAAGUUCAUCAUCUCCUUUGCUGAAGAUGAAGCAGGGGAGCUCUACUUCUUGGCCACCUCUUACCCCAGUGCCUACGCACCACACGGAUCCAUUUACAAAUUUGUUGACCCGUCAAGGAGAGCACCUCCAGGCAAAUGCAAGUACAAACCAGUGCCGGUGAAAACCAACAGUAAGCGGGUCCAGUUCAGGCCACUCGCCAAGUUGGUCUUAGACUUGCUAAAGGAGCAGUCUGAGAAAGCUGCUAGAAAACUGUCCAGAGCAACUUUAGCUUCCAGUCCAAACCGGGCCUCAUCUCAGAAAGAUUCCUUCAAGAAGCCAGCUUCUCCCACAAGCAGCCGGAAGACAUCUCCAGGGCCUGGUGCAAAGAAGAGAGCCAGGGUGUGGUCCCCAGGCCCCCAGGGGAAGAGGAAAGGGAUCCCCAAACGCCCCGGUGGCAUAGCCAGGCAGGCCGCACAGCAGAGACGAGCUGGCAGAAGUCUCCCUCCGCCUCUUUGGUCAAGGUGGCCGCUCAGGGGACCAGAACCACCUCACCGCGUGGAAGCUGCCAGUGCUGAACAUGACCUUAGACAUGCGGGAAGCCGGGGGUGGAGGUGGGAGCCAGCAGAGAGAGCCUGAGUUAGGGUGGCCGGGUUGUCCGCUCCCCGAGUCUUGCCAGCUGAACGGAUGCUCCUUGUCUGCUUCUGCGGGGGUCCAAUCCCCACCUGGUCGGGGCACCUCCAUAAGCACGUGCGCUAGUCUGUGAGCCUGCUUCAAAUCCCACUGCGUGUCUCCAUCUCGCUUUGUAAGUGCCUGUAGGCAACAGUGAUACGUCAACACUGGCUCAGAUGGACAUAUAUCCUUUGAGCUCCUUGAUGUUUGCUGGUGUUAAGAAAUCUGACGUGCCUCACCAGUUUGCCUUAAGAACCAUGUCUCUCCCAUGCUUCCUCCCAGCUCUAAGAGGAGGCCUGUAGUGGCAAGUUUCCAAGAGGAACCCCUUCUAAAGUGGUCAUCUCCUUUGCCCUCACUGAAGCUCAGGGUCUGAAUAAGGGCAGGUCCUAUUCUGCACCUCUGGCGGCUACUGUUUUGCCCUGGCAAAUAGCAUAAUAAAGGUGAUUCCAUUGUGCCUA